CCUACCUGUCGAUAGGAUAUAUUUUGUGUGAUAAAUUACAAAACUUAUUGAUUUUCAUGAAUUUUUAAUUAGUCACCCAGCUCUCCUCUCUGUCGUUACAAUGAAUUUAAGCACGUAUUUGAGUUUAAAUGAAUUUUAAUAUUGUGUUCUGAGACCAAGGCGCAGAUAUUAGGAUCUCCAAAAUGAACGAGUGCUUCAUUGUUUCGUGGUAUUUAUGAAUACCUUCAUUUCGAUAACUUAUUUGAAAAGAGAAUAAUUCUGUUCAAAGCAGGUAGUACAGUGAGAUUUCACAGGAAAAUGGAUCCUCCAAUUUAUUUACAGUACACUCCUCCAAAUGCGCUGCCCCAAGAAUCGAAACUCGUUACUUACAUGAAUCGAAAUACAUCUACGCCAACGAGAGCAUUGAAUCAGGCACUAGGAAAAUUAAGUCUUGAACCUUCUCCUCCUGUUGUAAGGAAAGUUUUUAUUGGAGAAUUUAUGCCUGUGAGUUAUUAUACUCCUGUAGCAAUCCUCCCAGAGUCACCAGCAAGCUCCCCGCCGACUGCACUUUCUUCUAUAUCGGCUGCAUCUCAAGUACAUCAGGAAAAUGUUGGAGGCACUACCUACUUCUAUUCAACGAAUGAUAGUCUUAACUCAUCUGGUGGACUAAAUUCAUCAACAUCAAUGGGGGGAACAGAAUGCAUGGGUGUGCCGUCAGUUCAAUAUCCACCACCAAUGUAUACAACACCACCUCAGCACAUGGGACCCAUGUCGUCCAAACAGGCUGGGCCAUACUACGCUGAAGAUCCCCGCCUUUGGCAAUCACAAUGUGCGGGGAUCGAUUCUGGAACAUACUACGCUCCUUGGAGCUACUUAACAUCUCCAGGCUUGGCACCGAUGUUUUACAUGCCCGAUACGAUUCGCUCCGAGAUGUACCAAAGGAACGAGGAUCUCUACAUGCAGCCGGAUAGUCGUCAAUAUCCAGAUUUGCCAGAAAAUCUAGAGGUUUACUCGGAGCUGAUGCCCCUCGAAGGGUUGACACCACACUCGAUAGCGACGUCGUUCCGCGCGACUCAUCGUCAAAAUGGCGAUCAUUAUGCUCUUCGCCGUUUGCAUUCUUACGGCACGGUGCCUUCCAAGAGAUUCGAGUCGUGGAAACAAAUCGAUCAUCCAAACAUCAUUCGUCUUAACGAAUGCUUCACUACCAAAGCGUUUGGUGAUCAUUCCAUGAUGUUGGUAUACGACUACCACCCGGCGGCUGUGACGCUGAUGAACAAGUAUCUAGCUGGGGCGAACAAUGGUAACGCAGCGGAGGCUAACGGGUCCUACCACGACCCGUUCUCGUCGGACCCUGAUGCUCCCCGCCCGUACACACACCAGAAAAACGCGAUGCUUCGUGCGGUGGCGUGCGGUGCGUUGCUGCCGGAGCAGGUGCUCUGGAGCAUCCUCGUGCAACUGACGGCCGGAUUGCGGGCCAUACACGCGGCUGGGUUGGCUUGCAGAACCCUCGACCCGACUAAAGUAGUGAUGACUGGAUGCCGAAUUCGCAUCGCAUGGUGCGGCGUGGCUGAUGCGUUGCAUGCCAACGAGAUUGAUAUAAACCAAGCUCAACAAGACGACCUGACCGCCCUAGGCCGAUUGGCGCUGUCGCUGGCUUGCCGCACCAUACACUGCGACAAUCUCGCCGCGUCCAUGGACCUCGUCACCAGAUCGUACUCGCCGGACCUCAAGAAUCUGAUCUUUUACUUGCUGUCGGGUCAGCGACGCUCCGUCACAGAUCUCAUGCCGAUGAUUGGAGCCAGAUUCUAUACGCAGGUGGAAGCGUUGGAGCGACGUGCAGAUGUAUUUGAGAAUCAACUCGCUCGGGAAUUGGACAAUGGCCGCCUGCUGCGUAUUCUGCUCAAAUUGUCCUUCAUCAAUGAGCGCCCUGAAUUGAACAUGGACACGAAAUGGUCGGAAACGGGCGACAGGUACCUGCUGAAGCUGUUCCGCGACUAUAUGUUCCACUCUGUGACGCAAGAUGGCCGCCCGUGGCUCGACCAAGCGCACGUGUCGCACUGCCUCAAUCAGCUGGACGGCGGCAGUAAUAAUAGGGUGCAGCUAAUGACGCGUGACGAGCAAAGCGUGCUCCUGGUGACGUUCGCUGAACUGAAGCACUGCCUCGAGCAAGCGUUCGACGAGCUCACACAAGCCGCGACGCCUAGCCCCUAGCCCUACGUCUACCCGUGCUACGUGUGCCAGCAGAUCAGUGGCAUGCACUGCGGGUACUAGGCUGGACAAUACACGUAGCCCUACACCGACUUCAAAAAAAGAAGUCAAUUUGGUGGAUUUUUUUAUCUAUACUCCCCGAUUUUGCCAACUGCCCUACGUCUACCCGUGCUCCGUGAGCGUGCUCAGUGGCAUGCACUGCGGGUACUAGACUGGACAAUACACGUGGCCCUUUGACCGACAUCAAAAAUUUGUUGGAUUUUUUAUGCGUUUUUCCCGAUCUUGUAUGGCCUGGACCAAAUUCGAAAAUUCUUGUUUUGUUAAGUGUAGUACCUCUCAAUUGGUCCCAUGAUCAUCAGGCCAGGAUCUGAUCAGGGAAUCCUGGAAAAUCUAAGGAACUCUUCAUUUAUUUGAAAGUUUAUGUAACUUAUAUAUAUUUAUGUAUUUAUAACAGCUAUUGUUCUUACAGAGACGAAAUUAUUAAAAUGACAGCUUUUAAGAACGCGCCGCGCGAACCGCGCCGUACACAUUUUUUGAAUCUGUGGUACUGCACUAAUAGAAAAUAAUGAUGAAUGAUGUAUAUUAUUAUUUUGUUACACAUAACUUUCUAUUUAAAUUUUGAAGGGGAGUAUCUAAUAACUAUACUGCCAAGUGUAAGAUCCAAAUUCAUUGAUACAAAUUAAAUCAUAAUGUUUCUGAUAUGUUCUUGAUGAAUUUGGAUCUUUGGAUUCCAGAACAGUCAUUAUUGUUAUUCUCAACCGAGUUAAUACUUAGAACUAAAUAAUGAAAUGACCGGAUCCACACGUGUAUUGGACAGCCUACGCUACACAUUAAAAUUAUAUUUUUAUUUUUAUAUAAGCACAAAAUUCCGCCAUUGUGCAUUCCCUUGAAGGAUUGCGAGGUUUUUUCUGUAAAUCUCUUUAUGUGUAAGACUUUUUAUGUGCUGUCGUUUGGCACGAUAUGUUCUUUUUAGUUUUUUUUCCUACAAAUCUGUUAAUAUAUUUUUUAUGUGCAAUCUAAGGCACAGCGUUUUUCUUUAUUUAAAUUUUUGAUAUAUCCACAAUGGAUUAACUAUUUAUUUAAAUGUUUAAAAAAAUACACACACCUUGCGUAGGGUUGUUCAUUGAACAAAAUUAAAAUAUAGACAUCACUAUAGAACACAACUGAAGUAACUCGAUCUCAUUUAGGAUAUGCAGACGAAAAUAUAUGGUUUGUGUAUGAAAUGACACUAAAGAUUUCUGUGUGUCAACAGCCGCCUGAACAAAUGCCACAAACAUUCCAGUCCCAUAUUAAAACACAGUGUUUGAAUACAUCUGUGUAUUCGUAUGAAAUAGUGUUUAAAUGUUGAAGUACGUAGAGUUUCAUAUUUCCUAUAUGUGUUGUGGUUUACAUUUAUUGAACAAUUUAUAUUAUGUGUCCUAAUAUGAUUACCAUAGAACUAAGUGCUGCCAACGAGAAGCGAUGCUUGGGAGAGCUCAUAAGUCCGUUCAGUUGAGUCACCGAGGUAUUAUCCUGGAAUGAAUAAAGGCUUAUUGCUAACAUUCCAGGCAGGGACAAUUUAACAACGAGGUGACUAAAGUAUUUCCUGCUUAUGACCUAUUACCAUUUAAUUGUGGAGAAUUGGUUUCUGAAGAUUUGAUGAAGGCAAUAGGAGUUGUGAAUAAGAAAGAUUUGCCGCUUUGAAAACAAAAUAAUUUACACUAAUAAAUUUGACACUGGUACUGGGAAAAAAUGAUAUUAUUUUUUGGAACUUUUUUUUUUUGUAAUAAACAUUUAAAUGAGCGCUAAUUAUGGAUUUUUUUUUAUAUUUAUUCGCCAACAGGCUUCGGUGUAAAGUUAUUUGAAUUCAAAGCGAUUGUAAAGAAGGAAACGUUAAAGGUGUUGUAAUGAGAUGUGAUUGAUUAUUAUAUGGAAUGAAGUUUAUGUUCGCUUUUCGUUGGACGAUUGAUUUGAAAAUUUAUUAGUGUACUCUAUAUUUGUACGUAAUUAAAAACUCGGUGUUAUCAGUACUUAGUAAUAUUUAGAUCUGAAAUAAUCAACUUACACAUUUAUCUAUUUUAUUCGAUACUUAUAUAGUGGAAAUAUUAAUAAGGCUACCAUUAAACUAUUUAUUUCAUUUAUUGGAUAAUUAUGAAUAAGUAUUACCAAAACUCAAAAUAGUAAUCGUAUUUUGAUAAAACAUUAUCAUAAGAUUAAAUAUCGUGAAAUGUAGGUUCAUGUAAUAUGAAGUGUUUGUGAACUUCUAUUUACUCAUAUAAUUUACAUUUGUGGAUUCGACUGUUUGGAGAAAAAUAUCAAAAAUCAUACCUACCAUAGUUAUAGAAUACAUUUAAAUGUAUUAUUAGGAUAUUAAGUACAUAUUUAAGGUAUAUCUACAUUUUACAAUUCAAAUCAUGUCUCAUUAUAUUGUCUUUACUUUUCUAAUCGUAAUGUAGUGUUUAAAAAGUAUUUAUUAAAAUACAUACAUUCGAUUUUGCCAUAAUAUUACAAUAUAAUAAUGAAAUAUUAUAAAUUGCAAAUGUACUCAGUAACAUACAUAAAUGUUGUGUCUACAUAGAAAACUAUUUAAUCACCAAGUACCUACUACUGUAUGUGUAAAAUUACACUUUUGGUAACAAAAUCGUACUUUAUUUAAAUGACUGAUUUUAAGUUUAAUCAAAUUCCGAUCUAUGUAUACCUACUUUACAGUUUAAACCGUUCUCGGCAGAAAUAUUUUGAGAUGUCUAAUUAUAAGUGUAUAUUUCUUUUUUCUAUAAAUAAAGAUUGAAAUCACAA